CACUCAUUCCUUUGCGCUUCAUUAGACAUUGAGCAGUCAGCAGCUCAAAGAGCAGCUCCAGGCUGGAUCUAGGAGAACAGGCAGCAGGUGGACUACGCCGCAGUGUUAAGGAUGGUAUAAAGCCAGAAGUCUGGGGACAGAUCCCUGAGCUUUCCAUGCCGGCAACUCCUCUGAGAGCCUGAGCAUGAACUCUCCUUCAGGACCAAGAGUCCCAUCAAGCUUAACGCAGGAUCCCAGCUUCACAGCCAGCCCUGCCCUACAAGGCGUUUGGAACAGCACUCAGAACAUCUCCGUAAGAGCCCAGCUUCUAUCUGUUAGCCCCACGACAUCUGCACCUCAGGCUGCUGCCUGGGUCCCCUUCCCCACAGUCGAUGUCCCAGACCAUGCUCACUAUACCCUAGGCACGGUGAUCCUGCUGGUGGGACUCACAGGGAUGCUGGGCAAUCUGACGGUCAUCUACACCUUCUGCAGGAACAGAGGCCUGCGGACACCGGCAAACACGUUUGUCAUCAACCUCGCAGUCAGCGACUUCCUCAUGUCAUUCACUCAGGCCCCGGUCUUCUUUGCCAGCAGCCUCUACAAGAAGUGGCUCUUUGGGGAUACAGGUUGCGAAUUCUAUGCCUUCUGUGGGGCUGUCUUUGGCAUCACUUCCAUGAUCACACUGACAGCCAUAGCCGUGGACCGCUACCUGGUGAUCACACGUCCACUGGCCACCAUCGGCAUAGGAUCCAAAAGACGAACGGCACUUGUCCUGCUAGGCGUCUGGCUCUAUGCCCUGGCCUGGAGUCUGCCACCCUUCUUUGGCUGGAGUGCCUACGUGCCUGAGGGGUUGCUGACAUCCUGCUCCUGGGACUAUGUGACCUUCACACCUCGGGUGCGUGCCUACACCAUGCUGCUCUUCUGCUUUGUCUUCUUCCUCCCCCUGCUCAUCAUCAUCUUCUGCUACAUUUUCAUCUUCAGGGCCAUCCGAGAGACAGGCCGGGCCUGUGAGGGCUGCGGUGAGUCCCCUCUGCAGCGGAGGCAGUGGCAGCGGCUGCAGAGUGAGUGGAAGAUGGCCAAGGUCGCACUGAUCGUCAUCCUCCUCUUCGUGCUGUCCUGGGCUCCCUACUCCACUGUGGCCCUGGUGGCCUUUGCUGGGUACUCGCACAUCCUGACGCCCUACAUGAGCUCAGUACCAGCUGUCAUCGCCAAGGCUUCUGCCAUCCACAAUCCCAUCAUCUAUGCCAUCACUCACCCCAAGUACAGGAUGGCCAUUGCCCAGCACCUGCCUUGCCUUGGGACGCUUCUCAGAGUAUCAGGCCAGCGCAGCCACCCCUCCCUCAGCUACCGUUCUACCCACCGUUCCACCCUGAGCAGCCAGUCCUCAGACCUCAGCUGGAUCUCUGGACGGAAGCGUCAAGAGUCCCUGGGUUCUGAGAGUGAAGUGGGCUGGACAGACACAGAAACAACAGCUGCAUGGGGAGCUGCCCAUCAAGCAAGUGGACAAUCCUUCUGCAGUCAGGACCUGGAAGAUGGAGAAGCCAAGGCUCCUCCCAGCCCCCAGACCAAGGGACACCUCCCCAGCCUGGAUCUCGGGAUGUAGGAUGCCCACUGGCCCUCCCUUUCUUCUGGUACUUGCCCAGCCCCGUCACCUCCCCAUCACAUGCACAGACCCAGGAUUAUCUCACAAGCCUGGAAGCUUUGAAGGUGUUCCUGUCACUCGUGCUACACUGGAUAUGAAUCUCUGGCCCCUUUCCACGGCGUGAAGCACAGGCUGCCGCUACUCGGCUCAGCAGCCACACCUGGGCUCCGCCUGAAGCACAAACCCAGGUUUUCCUGCUUCCCUUCCAGCAGCCGUUGCCUCUCUUCAGACGCUGUAUGCUGCGAUUGUCCAGACAAUGACAAUAGCGAUGGCACUGGGGAGCACAUCAUUUAUUUAUGAGACAAGCAUCUUGGCCAGCCUUCACAACCAGGCCGGACAUCUCAUUGGUUCAGAAAGCCUUUCCCUGCGUCCCUGCUGCUAGAGCUCAAAAGCUGAACACAGACUCUACUUUGUGCACUAGGAAUACUUCCUUGCCUCUAGCUCCCCCAUAGCAUUCCCACUGUGGCCCACACUCCCAUGUACAUGGGCACUGGCCGGCACAUAGGUACCUACUUGCAUGCACAUCGAGCACACGUGUGUACACCCUGCCCCUACUGUUUGUUCCAUGUUAGCAGUCUAAGUUCCUUCCAGAUGUAGAUCUGACAAGGCACAAGAAAAAAACAAAAACAAACAAACAAAAAA